CUACAGCUCGAUAGAACCCAGCACCUUUGGUCUAUUUGAUUUUUUCCUAGCAAAAUUAAGAACUCACGAGCAGUGAUAACCGUCGGCAAAUGCGGUAUUCACGCGAGCAUGUUUCCUGCGGUUCUUCAACCGACAAAUUCCGUACUUAUCCACUUAUCACUGCAAAGGCCAGGCUUGCGUUGCGUGAUACUAUAAUCAUUCCCACUGUUUGAGCAAGCAGGCUGAAAAGAGAAAACAAAACAUGAACAGCACGAUUAUGCUCCCGCUCACGGUACCUACUCAUCUUACUCUCUCCGCUCCGCUCCGAGUCACGCACGCACUUGAAUCAGCUGCUUCAGCCUGUUCUAGCCAUUUGCAUACGCGAUCCCCACCCCCUCCGGUUUCCAAGAGGGUUGUCGACGCGAGCGCGAUCGCUCACGCGCUAAUCGUUCCGCGAAGAUUCGCUCGCACAGUCCAAAUCGCCAAGAGAAGCUGCGUCCGCGAGUUCGCUCGCGCUGUUUCGUGGUUUCCUCCCAGCAGCAGCUCUGCUGAUGAUGACGAUCAGCCGGAGCACAAAGCAAAUCGAGAAAAGCAAGUGCAAGUGCGAAAAGUUGGUCUCGCGUGUUCGUUGUUCACCAGGAAGCGCAUAGAAACACCAUCGGCCAUCAACGACCCCCGGGGCUGGCCACUGAGGAUGGUCGGUUCGAUUAGUCAUUCUUGGCUAAUCCGCACGCACAGCAUCAAAGUGUACUGUGAGUUCGUCCUUCGGUUUGCGAGAUUUUGACAACACUCGCCGCGGGUCGCUUAUUUGUGUGUCGGUUGAUAAGCGCACUCCUCGUGAAGUGGUUACGGUGUUCCGUUUUCAGUGUGGAAUGUAUAAUUUGAAUUGCUUGGGAGUCGAAACUCGAACCUGUUGCUUCGAAUUUCGACGAAACUGAAUCGCUGAGGGUCGUGUUUUAUGCGAGUGUUUUACGUUUUGCUUUGUUCCGGCCUUGUUGUUGCCAAGUUACCAGGUGAAAUAUAAAGAAUUUGCGUUGAAACGCUCGGACGGAGUCGGGAGAUCGGUGAAAUUGUUGAUUAUUCGCGAGGAUUGUUGAUUCGUGAUAACAUUGGGUGAGGUGAUAGGAGGGUUUCGACACGAAGCGACCAGCCGGUGCUGCAAACGUUCCCGGGCUAUCUUCUUUAUGUGCAUAAAUUCCAUUCGUCCAGCUACCGACUGCAUCACGCAGCUGAGAAGGAAACGAGGCAAAAACAUCCCCGGGGAGAGGGCGGAAAUCCCGGGAAUUGUCAGCACAACCGGUAACCCCCUCGGUAAAGACCCUAUUCCGUGGCAGUCGUCUAGCGCUGAGUGGUCGUUGGAUAAACGUGAUUUAUUAGGCAAAUCCAGAGACAGAUACGCAUACAGCUACAUUGUGCAUAGAACCAUCUCGUGUAUCUUCCCACCCGGGAACCAACGACGACACCAGAAGAGGAGCACGUUUCAUCAUCUCGCUAGCCACUCGAAGCCGUCGCAACCCGUUCCCGUCACCGCGGUCGGUUGCUAGGAGGAACAACGAUGAGUCUCGAAACGAUGAAUGAUCUGAUGAAAAAGUACAAAAACUGGAGAUCGUACGUCAAGUUCGUAAAGUUGGUGUCGGACGGCGGAAUGGAAGAUGAGACCAUGUUUGGCGAGAAGCAAUCGAUAAGGGAGUCGGCACGCUCGCUCAAGAAGUACGGCAGCAUAUCCGGUGGUAGCCGCAGCCCCGCAACAGCCGCCUUAUCGACGGAUGCGCUUAUCCGGCAUGAAGUCGAGCGAACGGAUACGCUACAAGGCCUUGCCCUCAAAUAUGGUUGCAGUAUGGAACAAAUAAGACGCGUCAACAGGCUGUUACCGACGGAUACCAUCUUCCUACGACCGUUCCUUAUGGUACCGGUGGCGAAAGAUUCGCCCCACUACCCGAAAGAUCCCGAUGCAAUCAUACGUCCAAACACUCUAGCAGCCCGUGCCGCUACCAUGGCGGCACCGCUCGGAGGAGCAGGUGCCAGUGGAAGCACAAACAGCAUCGUCAGUAAUCACAAUAACAACAACAAUAACAACCACCACCAUCAUCACCACACGGCCAGCAGCAGCAUCAGCUCCGACGAUAACGGCUACGAAGGGUCACCGCUGGUCGUGUCACCGGAGGAGGAGAGUCGUAAAAAUCUGGAAGAAUUUCUCGGCAAAAUCGAUAGCUCGAUAGCGACUACCCGAAAGUGCAUUGCGGAGGUGCAGCGCAACAGUGACUUCGUGACCAGUAGCCAGAGCGACGACAACCUGUUCAUCUCCUCCUCUUCCGGUGCCGCGAGCGGGAGUGGCAGCAGUGGCUACUAUUCGAAACCGCGUGCCUACUCGAACGCAUCGUCUUCGUCCUCGAUAUCGUCCUAUCAGCAGUACCACUAUCAUCUGCCGAGCUCGAGUGCGGCCGGUACGGCAACGACUCACCAUAAGCGGCAAAGUUCCUCGGGCAGUGCAGCGUCCGAUACUAGCCAAUUGAUUGUGAUGACGCAGGGCAAGCGUGUGCAGAGUUCGCUGCAAAAGCUCGAGCGCCAGCAGGACGAACUGUUCGAGUUGUAGCAUCUACCGAUGCGUCUGAACAGCGAUGAAGAUGAAGAUUGCGAAACGGGCAGCAGUACCAGCAGCAGCAGCAGCAGCACUGGCGCUAAUGAUGACGGUGACUAUCGCUUGCUGAAGGAUCACAUCCUUCGCACCAGCAACAAUUAUGAGCUGCAGCUAGUGCACUGCAACCAACAUUGGCGUGCUAUUUUCUCUCGAUACUACCGUCGACCGUCGCGGAUGAUCGGUGCUGGAUUGAAGGGCACACUCGGUGACCUAGUUGGCAGAUUGGUGCUCCGUGGCCGGCGACUAGCAGCAGGAAGGCGAAACAGCAGAACAGCACUCCUGACGCCGAUCCCGGUAAGGAUGAUCGAAGGUACAAAGCAACAUUGAACUCUACCGUACGGUCUACUGAUGGCCAUUAUUGUCCAUCUCCAUCCGUCAUUUUCCAUUUGCCUAGCAAAGAGUCGACAAUCGCAGGCAUGCUAUUUUUGGAAUAAGGUACCCCUACCUUAUUCAAACCAAAGGUAAACAGUUUUUGAGGGUGAGCAUUGCAAAUAUUUGCAUGCUUACGGUCACGACCCAUCCGUAUGGUACAAUUGUUGAUUCUCAUGUCGGUCCAGCUAUGGACGGCAAUCGUGCCCAAAACAUUAUAUCGCUUGCCCAGCAACGAAAUGGAAAAUCAUGCUAACCGCGUGCUGUUGUCUGCUUGGUCCACCGAGUGCUAAGUGUCGGAAUCAAACAGUAGUUGCGUUUGAUCUACGGUAUCGAACAAGUAAGAUACAUAUAAAUACAUAUACACGUAUAUGCUGAAACAAUCAAUCGGUCGGGCACGAUUUUACCAAGUAUUAAAUGGUACCGUACGCUUUGGCUUUCUUUCGUUACUACGCAUAAUCCGCGAACUGUUUACAACGGAGCUUCUGCUUCAGAUUUGUAUUGAUGUAGAGUAGUCUCUCUGGCUGCAAUAUUCUUUUCUAUCAUUUGCACAAUCAUUAUUUCGCAUAGAAUUUUACAUACCGAGUACUCCAGAGCAGACGAUAAAGCAUGGCAUGUGUUAUUCGUUUGCUCGCACGACCGUCGACCGUGGACCAUUCACAAUUUUAACACGUCAAUAACGUCAUUUAGGGAUUCGGUUGGCGACUGCAAGAAAGUGUGACAAACGUGUCGGGAAUGCGUCAUCGGCUUGCGUCGAUUAGACCAAUCGGAGAUAUGAUUCACGGCAGGAUCGUGAGCACACGAGCCUAACUUGAAACGAUCGACUUUCGCUUACACGCGCUAGCAUGCAAAAUCAUGUGAGCUAGCGACAGAGCCUAGCGUACGGAAAAUGUAGAUGGGUUGGUAGCAGAGAUAGAGUGAUCUUUUGCAACCAAAUGGAGAAGCGAGGGUGUUAAUUGGUACUUCAGACACCAACCAAUCCAAACACCUGCCAACCCAACACCAUUGACCGUAAGAGAACGCUAUCGGCGUCGCUUCUGUUAUCCGCGUCCAUUUGGGAGAUGAUCUGAAGCAACAAUAAUGCUCCGGAUUCGCUUACAUUAGGGGUUUUACGAUAUGUUUUAAGCGCGUAUACAUUAUAGAAAAAUACCAUCCAAACAUCCAUUCAUCAUCGUACAUAUCGAGGGAGAGAAUGAAGAGGAAACGAAAGAGCGAAACUUCGAACAAAACAAGAGAGAGAUUACAUAGUGAUACCGGCGAAUGAUAAGAGAUGCAAUCAUGAUGAAAGUUGCGACCAAGUGACUCAUCAAGCAUAAAGUGAAAGUGAACAACGAGUAUUGACGGGAAAAAGGGUAGUUCGCGAUCAAUAUGCAAGAGACCGUAAGGAAGAUCACAUGCUGCGACCAGACACUACACAGAACAACUAAAGGACGAGGUAAUCUUAUUGGAAACCCAAUGAGAGUUGUAAAUCUUGUUAUACUCAAUCAUACGUUUGAGGUUUGGUUUCUUUGUAAGACAAACAAUCGCUUCAUCACUACGUUACGUUGGAUGGAGUUGACCGAUAAGAAGGUGCUCAGCUAAAUCACGGAAGAACCAACCGCGAAUGAAUGCUGGCGAUGGGUGGUAGCUCAUGCUGUAUCAAAAUUGUGAUAUCAUUUAAGCGUUUUACUUAAGCUACUGUUAUUGGUUCUUAGAGAAGGUUUAUCCGAUUUAUUAAAAGUAUCACCGUUAAAAAAAACUAAUAGAAUCCGUGGAACGGGCGGUAAAAAUCCGACUGACUCUACUACAAUUGAGGAAUUAGUUUCCAGAUCCAGCUGGACGAACCACACGGAUUUCAUUCGGGUUGCGUAAAAGUUGAGGAUUUUCAUUUGCAGCCAAUCUCUUCUUUUUCUCCGAUAGUUCUCCUACAUCGGAGCUAAUAGGAGCAAACACUAGCAUAACGAUGCUCCGCUCAAUCUGUCGCCGUCUAUAUCGUCCUCACUACCCUAAAACACUAAAUGAGCCUUAACCGUGUAAAUGUGUAUGUAUAAUAAUGGAUAAUAUAACGAAAAGAAAGAAUCGUCAAAUAAAAAGAGGAGAGAGCUGAUAGAGAAAGGCCAUCGUGGAAACGUGCGUGUGUCUGUAUAUACUGUAAAGAUGAAUAGCAGAAUUUCAGUAUCGGUGAAACCACCAAAAGCACACGAACCAGAUACGAUGUAAUGAGCAGAUUUAGUUGAGGAAAGAACGAGGAUAUAGUGUUGUAACAUAGGACUGAAGAAGAGUAAUGCGGGAAUUGAUGAAUUGUGAAACAGAUGGAAAUAAAAUAUCUAAACAAUGUUUAACCA